CAUCCACAGCGUACCAUGCUCGGCCUCGCCCUCCGCCGCUCCUCCUGCAUCGCCUCCACGGUGCCGCGCCGCGCGCUCGCGCCGGCGACGCGCUCCUUCGCGUCGCCGCCCAUCGGCGACCUCGCCGAGCGCCUCAUGGCGUCGAAGAAGGCCACGGGCAAGACCUUCGACGAGAUCGCCGACGGCCUCGGCUGGACGAACGCGUACACGUGCCAGCUGCUCCUCGGCCAGGCGCAGCUCAAGCCCGCGUCGCGCGCCAAGUUCUCCGCGGCGGUGCCCGGCAUCUCGGCCGAGGACCUCGACACGCUCGAGGUCGCGCCCAUGCGCGGCUUCGACGACGAGAUCCUCAAGGAGCCCAACGUCUACCGCACCUACGAGGCGAUCACGCACUACGGCAACGCCAUCAAGCUCCUGAUCAACGAGAAGUUCGGCGACGGCAUCAUGAGCGCGAUCGACUUCUACUUCACCGUCGGCUCGACCGUCGGCAAGCAGGGCGAGCGCCGCGUCGUGCUGACGUUCAACGGCAAGUUCCUCCCGCACAUCGAGCAGAACGCCGCGGACAACACGGCGCCGUCGCCGGAGGCCAAGUGAAGACCCGAGGUCCGCGGCCGCCGCGGAGACCCGUCGUCCGGCAUCGAUCGAAGGGCGAGCGCCAUGCGCCGCCAGUAGCGGGUAGCUAAGAGUCCCGUAGCG